CGGCAGAGUUCCUCUCGUGAUAGUUUUCGUUCUAUUUUUAAAGCCAUUCAUGUUUGUUCAUCCAAGCUCGAACCUUCCGAAGUUGUGCCCAUACAAACAACGCAGCCUUUAUGAAGUUCGGUUGAUGAAGUGAAUAAUAUGCUCGGAUAUCACCUUGUAUGAAAUUCGUGUAUGAAAAGCAUGACCUCAUAUAAAGUGAGCUGAAUUACUUUAAUAUCGAGCUCAAUUAGAGAGAUCUGAGAAGAAAACAUGAGCGAUUCCAAAGAAGUUGCCAAGUCCUCGUCUGAUAGUGACAGUGGUAGUGAUGAGUUAGAUGACAGUGCGGUGAAUUCAAGGGAAAAGAGGGAAGUAAGCUGUUGUUGCAAUCCAUCACCAAGUCACCAAGGGCGGCGAUCUUUAAGACUUGAAUGGCCUCCUCCAUCAACAUCGUCUGGAACUUGGAGGAACGAUCUGAGACAUGUACAGUUCGGAAAUAGAAGAUAUGGGCAACAAAUGCAGUUAUACUGUAGGAACGGAUAUUUUUUGGGAAUCUAUCACCAUCAUGGUGUGCGUGGAACGCAAAAUGAGAAUGAUUUACACACAUAUUUGGAGUUGGUCAACGCUGGCCAACCAGGUCAUGUAAGAAUCAAAGGAACCGCAACCAAUGCCUACGUUGGCAUGGACAGAAAAGGAAGAUUGUAUACUGAAUUCAACAUGAACGAAGAGAGCACAGUGUUCAUAGAAUCUCUGAGAGGAUUGUAUAACAUCUACCUCUCCAGAAAGUACGCCCAUUUGGGAUGGUAUAUUGGGAUCAAGAAGUCUGGAAACUUCAAACGCGGCCCUAAAACUGGAUACACUCAGAAAGCAAUACAGUUUCUUCCAAGAAGGGCCAAAUUCCAAUGAAGCAUUUAUAGAUAUCAUCUUAUUGAUAGACAGUUUAGAAAAUAAUACGUAUUAUUUAUUCGACAGUAUUAAUAAUAAAUAAAAUAAUAUUUUUUGAA